GCAGGAAUUUAAGCAGUGGUGUGGAGGGAUCAGCUCCAUGGUUUAGAAAGAUUAGUGGGGCAGUAGAGAGAAGGUUCUAGAAAGGGUGAGUCCAGGAGGAGACAGCAGUAACCCAGGCUAUGCAUGCAAAAAGUAGGGAUAGGGAGAGAUGAACAAGUUCCAGAAGUCUUUGGAAGGCCUGGCAGCCCCCAGUCAUGCCUACAGGCUGAACCCAGCCCAGCUCAUCUCAGAUAAAGCAUCUAAUUCAAGUCCUACACGGAGCCCAGGCCUCUGCUUUGAAAAAUCUCUUGACCUCAGCAGUCCAGCUCGGGACGGGCCCAGCGAAUCCCAACCCCAAUCUGUCGUCCUCAUCCCAGAGGGAUACUCAGCCUAUUGGACCUUGGCCUUUCUCUGGGGGACGGUGAGGCCUACAGGAGUGAGCUGCGCUGCCCACUCCCCGCAGCAGGUGGCGCCGUCUUGCUGGGAUUGGACUCCGGGCCUGUGCGGGCCUGGCUGGGAAGCGCUCUGUGGAGAGGAACGCGACUGGAGCGGCUGGGGUGGGGGGCACCCGUCCUGCGCCUGGGACCCUCACGGGGCCUCCCUGCUCCAGUCACUCCCGCCCGCCUGCCAGCCUGUCCCCAGCUCUCCUGCGUCUCCACUCUGUCCCUGUUGCCCUUCCUGUCUUCCCCCAGCCCUCCAUUCCUGCUUUCGGUUGGGGUCCCGGACAGGGUCUGGUGAGCUGGUUCACUCCGAAGCAUCCGCACCGCAUAAGGGAACUCUCAGCCCAGCCCAGCGGGCGUUUGGCCAUGGCUUGGCACCGUGGGGGGCCUCUCUAAGCAACCCCGACUCCCAGGGUUUGCCUACAUUCUAUGCCCUCAGGAGGUGCUCAGUGCCCCGAGCUGGGGCUUGGGGUGGAAGGGUUCCUAGGAACAUAUAUAUGAGAAAGUGGCCUAGUGUCACCAGUGCCUUGCUGGGUAGCAGCUGCUCCAGUUCCCUGAUGGAGAUGGGGCUGUUUGUCACUCUGGGGUGA